GGGAUGUAGUGUUGGUGUUUUUCCUGGAGAGAUCCGCCCCUUCAUCUGUUCUCACUGCAGCCUGUUCCUAAUUUCAGGCUCCCACGUCAGUCCCACCUUUCUCCCCCAUCCCUGGCUGUCCCUUAGUCCUGACUCCUGGUACAGGGAACUGUCACCCUGAUCCCCCCAUCCCCUGACACCCCUUACCUGCUCCUGCUGGUGUACAAUGGGAAGCUCGGAGGAGAGGAACUGCUGAUCAUUUGAAUGAGAUUCUAGCUGACAGGCUGUCUGUGAGCAGAGAGGAGUGCGAUCUACACACAGCUCAGCCUGUACUGAUCACACCUCCGAUCCUCAUCACUGCACACAUCACAUAGCUGGCUACAUCCACAUAGGAGGACAUGGAGGAAAACAUGGAAGAAGGACAGACACAGAAAGGUUGCUUCGAAUGCUGCAUAAAAUGCCUUGGGGGUAUUCCGUAUGCAUCAUUGAUCGCUACUAUCCUGCUGUAUGCCGGGGUUGCACUGUUCUGUGGCUGUGGUCACGAGGCUCUCUCAGGCACUGUCAACAUUCUGCAGACCUAUUUUGAAAUGGCAAGAACUGCUGGGGACACACUUGACGUCUUUACCAUGAUUGAUAUCUUUAAAUAUGUCAUCUAUGGCAUAGCAGCUGCAUUCUUUGUCUAUGGCAUUUUACUGAUGGUGGAAGGAUUCUUCACAACCGGAGCCAUUAAGGAUCUUUAUGGAGAUUUCAAAAUCACAACCUGUGGCCGAUGUGUGAGCGCAUGGUUUAUUAUGCUGACGUACCUCUUCAUGCUCGCCUGGCUUGGAGUCACAGCUUUCACCUCACUACCGGUUUACAUGUACUUCAAUCUUUGGACAGUUUGUCGAAAUGCCACAGUAGUUGGUGACGCAAAUUUUUGCUUGGACCUUCGUCAGUUUGGCAUUGUACCAAUCGGUGAGGAAAAGAAACUGUGUACCCCAUCUGAAACAUUCCUGAGGAUGUGUGAAUCUACUGAUCUGAACAUGACAUUCCAUCUCUUUAUUGUUGCCUUGGCUGGUGCUGGAGCUGCAGUUAUUGCUAUGGUCCAUUACCUAAUGGUGCUAUCCGCCAACUGGGCCUAUGUGAAGGACGCCUGCCGAAUGCAAAAAUAUGAAGAUAUCAAAUCCAAGGAAGAACAGGAACUUCACGACAUUCACUCCACCCGUUCUAAAGAGCGACUUAAUGCUUACACAUAAAACUUAACUCCUACAUUUGUAACAUUUCAGUUCUUUGUUGUUUCAACUAACAGCCUCCCUUCCAUUAUAGAAUGAAAAUGAAGUGCUUUUCCUAAAAGAUAGGCCGAGUGUCACCUAUCUCCAUAACCUUGAUUGACCAGCACUUUGCAUCUUCACAGUGGUCUGUGUGACAAUGUCAUAAUAUGGAACACCCUAAUAGUCUUUCCCAAAUUGUCAUAAAGGUGACAGGUUUUUAGAUGACAAAAAUCAACUGUUCAAUAAAGACGUCCGUUUCCUUUUUUAACCACUUUAUAUGUGUUUUGCAUAAAACAUUUUGCAUUGUUUCCUAUGUUUUUAAAGAGAAAGCUUUUUAUACUUUUUAGUUUUGAGUUUCAAAAACUACUUUUACCUACAGGUAAACCUCAAAGGGACCGUUGUACAGAAAGCAUGUACAAUAAACUGCUUACAGUUCUGAGUUAUAAAUCAUGCAUGGGCUUCUUUAGUAAUGUAGUCUGUUGGCCCUAUGAGUAGCCAUAUAGGUAUCACUUUUGUUUAGCAGACUCAAGGUGCUUCUUUAUUGGUGUUAUGUCGUAUUAAUGUUCACUAUUACAACAUCAGUUUACAACUUCUGGCAAAUACAGUGACAACUGUUUAAAAUUGUGAGCAUGCAUAACGUGAUACUAGUGCAUGGGCACGCCCCAUAUUAUAUAUGCCUCUAAAACAUUUAUCCCAAACCCAUAAGUGAUUUUUAAUCAAAACAAAAACUGAAAAAAAUAAUCAGUAUACAGUCAUUAGCUUUGUUUCUAGUUUUUUUUAUAUCUCUUGUAAAAUAAAUAUGUCAUGCAAUCAUCCAAGUUAAAUGUUUUGUGAAAUAUUUUCAAAAAUUCUGAAGUUUCUUCAGCUGUGAAAUUACAUAUGUAUAUCAUGUUCCUGGGUAUGUAAAAAUUCCAUCCUGUGUAGUUCUACCUUGAAAACACCCCAGCAAACCAACGUACAUGCAGCUAAACACUACAUAUGAUGAAGGGUUUUAACGUUUUACAGUGUUAUUGGACCAAACUUUGUUUCCAUCUUUCUAUAGGAAUGCUGUUGGAAUGCUGUGAAGUAUCUAUUGAAUAUAACAUUUCUGGCAAAAAAAAAUGUUGUCAGUGGUUUAAAAAAAAAAGUAAAAAAAAAAAAAAAAAUCAACAUUGUUUUGUGCACUUUAUUGAUCAACUAUGUGAGUGCUCAGUGUAAGUGCAUUGUUCAUUUGGACAGUUCUUGGGGUUAUUUGACCAUCAUUAUCUUAGGUGCUUGUUUGAUUUGUGCCCAUUUUUCAAUAAAUCUCCUUUUGCUGGUUCUACUUGCAGUGACAGUUUGAUAGCGUUUUGCACUGAAUUUAAAGAUGUAGUUGUUGAUUCAGCCUUAGUAAAUUAAAUUGUUUGACUAUGGGGUGUUACAUUUUGUGCACAGAACAUUUAACCUUUAUAAGUGACCCUAUUGGUACAUUAGACUUUCUUAAUCGCCCAGUUUCUUAACAGUUUUUAGUGUACUCUUCAUUCGCUUAGAAAAAUGUCUGUUUGCAAGAAGUUGUAGGACAGCUACACAUUUGAAGUAGUUGAGUUAUUGCAUGAUAACAUACAUAUAUGUUUCCCAGCCACUUUAUUAUGUAUUCACAUCUUUUAUGUAGCUAUAGAGUUGAAGAAAAAAUAGUUUUGAGGGAAUAAAUAACCCAUCAAAGGGCCCAUAAAUCUAAAAUAAAACUGGCUUCUAUACAAGCUUUUUGUAAUUUCCAGACAUAUAGUAUGUUUUAGCAGUUGUAGUUGCAUAAUGUACAUUGAGUAGAUGUAUCUUUCUAGUGGAGGCUUUAUUUAAAUCUAUAUUCUUAUCCAUUUUAUAGUCUAUGGACAAUAUUAUAGUCUAUGGACAAUAGAUGAAAGAAGCAGGUUGUGAAACCUACAAAAGCAAGUUUCUCUGCAGAGUUGCAGAUCUUCCUCUUCAGGAUAUCCAGCAGUGCUCAUAGUUAAAGGUUCUCCACAUUAUAGAGCAGCUGAGAAUGACUGGCUUAGGUUGUUUGGAUAUAUUUGAAGAAAAUAACUUUUAAAUUCCAGCCAUGUCUAAAAAUAAGAGUUUCUGGUGUUUCUGGAGAGAUUAUAUUCCAAUAGGGAAUUGUCUUGGAACCUCACUGCAGAAAAUAAAAAAUAAGAAAAGUGGGCUUACUAGCUCUGCCUGCUCCACCCGUGACCCUCAUUAGACCCAAUUGAUGGAAGAAAAGUUUCUAAGAGUAAAAA